AUGGUGGUCGCUCCCUCUGGCAAGGACGAAGGACCCUGUUCGACCUCGGAGGGCGAAACGCCCGUCCAGCGCCGAGCAUUGGACUCUGGCGGAGAUCCAUCUCGACGACGAACGCAAGCGCUCGAUCUUCCCGCUCGCUUCCAGGAAAGCGGCGGCGGCGGCGGCGGUUCCACUUUUAUUUCCGCGAUUAGGUAUAAGGAUAACAGGGCUUACCCUUGGCCGGGCGGUGAGAGCCACUUUAUCCUGUAUCCCGAGAGCGCGAAUCAAACGAUCUACACGCAGGAGAUGAGAGCCUCGGAUGCGGGACGGUACUCCUGCCAGGCACGUAACGACACAACCACUUUGGAGGGCGACAUCACUCUCUCUGUACUCGAUGAGGAGUCCGGGGUCUACACGGGGAAACCUUUGCCCACUUACAGACCGACCUCGCAGUUGGUGCCCCUGGGAGGCACGGCGAGGCUUUUCUGCGAGGCUUACCUGGGCAAGGUCGAUCUGCCCGACGCCAAGAACUCCGUCACCUGGUCGAAGAGCGACAGCAACGUGACGCUGCCCAGCCACGGCAGGAUAGCGCAGCACAGGGUGUCCCGGGAGAACGAUCAAAUAAUCGGCUCCUACUUGGAGAUCGCGGACGUCACUCUCGAGGAUUACGGCGAGUACAAAUGCGAAGUCAGCAACGGCGCCGACGAGGAGAUCACACUGGCUGCUCAUGUAUACCGGCAAGAGCCGCAGUUCGUAUUGAGCCUGCCGAACGGUUCCUGGCGGAAGUCCCUGCUGCUGGCGGUCCUCGUCCUCGUGCUGCUGCUCUCAGCCGGUGCAUUUUACGCGCGUUGCUGGCUGCCACUCGCACUGUUUUGCAGAGACAAGUUCGGCCGCCUCGAGGAAAGCGACGGGAAGGAAUGCGACGCCCUGGUGUGCUACCACGAGAAGGACUCGAGCCUGGUGAUCGGUAUCGUGAUACCCACGCUGGAGUCUAGGCAUCGGUACAAGUGCGCGGCGCUGGAGUUGUCUCAGCUGAAUCACAAUUGGAGCCUGGAGAUCAGUCCGCACGCCAGCACGGCCCGGCGGAUCAUCGUCGUGCUCAGCCCGGCUUCCCUGGACAACAUCUGGACGGACGCGAGCGUGGGCGCGGUGCUGAAUCAGCUGUCCACGCUGCCGACCCGGACGAUCGUCGUCACGUUGAAGCGACUGCCGAGCACGACGGCGACGAUCGCGAAGCGAUCGCGGCGGGACCGCCGCGACACCGACAGCACCUCCUUCGACCGGCUGACGUUCCUGUUCUGGCAGGACGGCGGCGGCGGCGGCAGUAGUGGCAGUAGUGGCGACGGCGGCGGCGGUUCCGGUAACGGCGGCCGCAAGUUCUGGUACAAACUCAGGCUGGCGAUGCCGGCGAUGCGGCCGGUGGCGUCCGAGACCGGCUGCCAGUCGGUCGCGAUGAUAGUGCAGGCCAACGGCAAGUGCGGACAGCAAAAGGCGCGCUCGCGCGAGAGCCUGGAGGUGCUCGUCUAA